CCCCCUCGUCCUCCUCCCUCACUUCCUCACCCUCUUCCUCAUCUGUUUGACCUGAUCAUCAAUAAUCAAAACCUGCUCCUGUAUGAGUGUUUAUUCUGAGUCCACUCGUCCUCACCACCAGUUCGUUGUUGUUGUUUUCUUCAUCCGCACAUCUUCAGCUUCCUCUUUCUGGAAACUCAACCAAGUCACACCGUCUCCACUGCGUUCCUUUCAUGCCCACAAAAAAUGGAUGACAUGCAGGAUGGGGUUCAGAUCGGGGAGAACAGAUUCAUCAGCAAGGUGACUCUCCUCUCCUAUCUAAAGACAUAUAAUCUCUACUAUGAAGGACAGAAUCUUCAGCUCAGACACAGAGAAGAAGAAGAGGAGCUGAUUGUUGAAGGUUUGCUGAAUAUUUUCUGGGGUCUCCGCCGACCAAUCAGGCUUCAGAUGCAGGAUGACCACGAGCGAAUCCGACCGCCCCCCUCCUCCACAUCCUGGCACUCGGGCUGUAAUCUGGACAGUCAGGGUUCCCCCAACAGCACAGAUGGACAGACACAGCAGAACCCACCCACAGUGGAGGUGACGCCGCCUGAAAGCCAACCAGAGGACAACGGUGUGGAAGAGCAACAGUCAGAUGAGGAGAGUGAGACGUCGGCUCAGCUGCUACGAACUAAGAGCGAUGCUGGAAUCUUAAGACGUGGUCAGCGACGGUCACCCAGUGACCAGAGGAAAAUCCGACGCCAUCGAUUCUCCAUCAACGGACACUUCUACAACCACAAGACAGCAGUGUUCACUCCUGCCUACGGCUCGGUGACAAACGUCCGAAUCAACAGCUGCAUGAGGACGCCUCAGGUGAUCCGAGUCCUCCUCAACAAGUUCAAAAUAGAGAACAGUCCAGAUGAUUUCACGCUUUACCUCGUCCACGCCAGCGGAGAGCGUGUGAAGCUGAAGCGCAGCGACUACCCACUGGUGCUGAGGGUGAUGCAGGGUCCGUGUGAGCAGGUCUGCAAGGUCUUCCUCAUGGAAGCAGAUCUGGGUGAAGAAGUCACGUACGAUGUGGCGCAAUACAUAAAGUUUGAGAUGCCUGUCCUUCAGAGUUUUAUCACCAAACUGAAGGAGGAGGAGGACAGGGAGGUGCAGAAGCUGAGGAGGAGGUACAAUUCCCUGCGUGGUGUGAUUGAGAAGCAGCUUCAUUGCCUCCCAGAGGGGGCGAUGAUGUGAUACUCUCACAGUGGAGACAUGGUGAGGACUUCCUGAAGCACAUGGACUUUUUUUUCCAGAGUUUUAUAUCAUCCACACAGCUGUGGCCCUGAGUCAGUGAUCAUCCUGCUGCUGUGAAGUCCUUUCAAGUCACUUCACACCAAACUCAAACAUGCCAUCUAGGGGUAGGUCUCAGCGAUGGUCCCUGAAUGUCAUGCCGACACACCCAUCCACAUCAUGGAAUGAAUACAGACUUCUGUCAGUGGUUUCCUUCACACUUUUUUUGCAGAAUGAGCCUAAAGUGUGACUUCCUUUUUAAGUCCAAUCCUCCGAGCCAAAACCUUUGAUCAGUUCACAGCACAAGCGUCAUAUGAUAUAAUCUGAUCAAAGUGCCUGUUUACAGGUUUCUCCAAGCACAACGACAAGCUAGGCGGUUGUUGUUUUUAUUUAAAAUGUGACCAUAUUCAGUAUGCAUCAAAAUACGAGGAAUGAGGGGUUUAAAAUAAUCUUUCUUGGUUAUGUCGUUCACCUGGGAAUUUACUUUGGUAAUAACGUUCACUGAUUGGUUAUCAAUGACACCUUGUAUUACAGUUCUUUUUAGAUACAGACGCUGGUACUGAUCAACAUCCUGUCUCACUGUUGUGUUUCUGUAGAUGUAUUUAGAUCCAGUGAGCAACAGACUUUCAAAAUAAUAUUAUUGAUUUUCUAUUUUUAUUUUUUUUACAUUGUUAGGGGAAAUGAAAUUGUUGUAGGUGUUAAUUGUGCUUUAACUCAGCGGUCCCCAACCUUUUUUGUACCAAGAAAAACUGUCGGCCGGGACCGACCACUACUGCAGACUGGUUGUUUAGUUAUCAUUAAGGAUCGUUUAAUUUUCAAAAUAAAACGUUUUUUAGACUUCUGUUAGUACUGCAGUCUCAAUGACGUUAUUUUUAAACAUUGGCAGAUUGUCUUAAAAUUAAGAAAGCAAAUAGUGAGGAGAUUCUUUUUGAAUGAAGUAGAUUAGUAAAAAUAAAACACUGAACUGUGUCCAAUUGCUGUCCAGUAAGACAUUAUAUGCGGACCAAUAACGGUCCAUGUACUGGGGGUUAGGGAUCCCUGAACAUGUGAGACUUUCAGUGUUUUUACUGAUCAUUUGAAUCAUCUCUGAAGUGACAGGAGUUUAGCUUCAUACACUGAGUGAUAGAACUACCUGUAGUUUCAUCAGAUUUUAAUGUUUUUUUUUAAGCAAAACUGUUACUAUGGGCCCUUAGAAAAAUACAUGUAAACUCGUAACAA